UACCAUAUUAGAUCUAGUACUUAAAAACACAAUAUGACCCAAUUUUUGUGAUUUUAUUUUUCAUUGAUGCAACAAAUAUGGAGUCUGGUGUAGAGUUAUAAUCUAGAUCUAAGAAACAGACAACAAUGGAUGGAGACAAAAGUAGAAAGGAAGGUCAAGCAAAAAACAAGCAGUGCUCUAACCAGAAAUCAAACCAAACGUCUAAUCAUCAGCCAACAAACCAUUCAUCUUCUCCACAAAGUGGUUCAAGUGACAACUCUCAACCAAGUUCACCGUUGCAAGAUUUUAACCAAAGAGCUAUUUUAACAUCUGGAGAAAUCCUAACAUCCCCCCAACCCAUUGUAACCCAGCGAGACCACAGACACUCCCUGAGUGGAAUUGGGACAGCUAAUGGCGCGGGAUCAGCUACCUCACCAGUCAAUGCUGUUGUAAAAGCCUCCAGCACCGGGACACUAGCAUCAUCAGCUCCCUUUCAUCUUCACAACAGCAAACGAGAGAAUAUGGUCUCUUCUACUGGAGGUGAUUUUCUUUCAAAUUUUCCGUCUUUAACUUGCAGCGGCCCAAGUCUGGGGAACUUUGGAACCCUGACCAGCUCCUGCAGUGCCAAUGCUGGUAAAACUGCUAAUGGUGGCUUUGAUGCAGACUUAUUUGCUAGUGGACACAUUUUCUUUCCCCCUCCUUCACCUGUAGGCUCAUCACCUCCACAAAAUCAGGGCCAGGUGAUCUAUAACUGGCAAGCCAGUAAGACUAGUGUUAAGGAACGUCUUGCAUAUCUGUAUAAUACAGAUACUAUGACAGAUAUACAAUUCAAGGUAGGGAAGCCUCCAGCCCACCAGAUCAUAUCUGCUCAUAAGUUUAUCUUAUCCAUUGGUAGUGCUGUCUUUGAUGCCCUUUUCAAUGGUCGCUUGGCAUCUACUGAUAGCAUAAUAGAGAUUCCAGAUGUGGAGCCUGCUGCCUUCUCAGCACUGCUGCGCUUCUUGUACACUGACGAAGUACAAAUUGGCCCUGAGACGGUCAUGACCACCCUGUACACUGCCAAGAAAUACGCUGUCCCUGCUCUUGAGCGAGCUUGUGUGGAAUUCUUGAAGCGUAAUUUGAGCCCUGAUAAUGCAUUUAUGUUACUAACCCAGGCACGUCUGUUUGAUGAGCCGCAGUUAGCUGCUCUGUGCCUAGAGACAAUAGACAAAAACACAACAGAAGCUCUGGCAGCGGAUGGUUUCACAGACAUUGAUUUGGAUACACUGUGCGUUGUUUUAGAAAGGGACACCCUGGGGAUCAGGGAAUGUAAACUCUUCUCUGCUGUUUGUAGGUGGGCAGAGGCUGAAUGUAUAAGACAGAACUUAAUUCCCCCUACCAGUGAAAACCAGCGCCAUGUCCUUUCGAGAGCCCUCCGCCUUAUUCGGUUUCCUCUUAUGACAGUUGAAGAAUUUGCCAUGGGAUCAGCACAGAGUGGGAUAUUGGAAGACAGAGAGGUGGUGGAGCUGUUCCUGUACUUCACAGUAAACCCAAAACCUAGCAUUAGUUUCCUUGAUGUGCCUAGGUGUUGCUUGACGGGCAAGGAACAGGUUGUUUCCAGAUUUUGUCAGAUAGAAAGUCGAUGGGGAUACAGCGGGACAAGCGAUAGGAUAAGGUUUAUGGUUAAUCGGAGAAUAUUUGUUGUUGGCUUUGGUCUCUAUGGUAGUAUUCAUGGUCCCACUGAAUAUGCUGUGAAUAUACAGAUCAUUCAUAUGGACUCAACCAAAGUAAUGGGAUCAAAUGAUCCGACUUUUCAAUGUGAUGGAACGACCUCCACUUUUAGAGUUAUGUUCAAAGAACCUGUUGAAAUUCUCCCUAACACCAGCUAUAUAGCUUGUGCUACGUUAAAGGGCCCAGAUUCGUACUAUGGUUCAAAAGGAUUAAGAAAAGUAACUCAUGAAUCUGUUUCUAGUGGAAAGGUGACUUUUCAGUUCACUUAUGCCGCUGGAAACAAUAAUGGUACUUCAGUGGAAGACGGGCAAAUACCCGAGAUUAUAUUUUACACAUGAAGGCAUGGUCUGAAAUUACGUCAGUAAAUAUUUAAAUAUUUUUAAGCAUAAACUAGGGAAGAUUCUUUUCAAAUUUAGUUUUCAAACUUACUUCUGGUAAUUUUUGGUUUGAGAAACCCAAUAAAUAAGCUUUUUUAGCUAAUACAUAUCAAAUGCAUUUAAUACUUUUUUUAUAUAUCGUACACUGCCAUUAAUUAUAUCAAUUACCAUGACUGCAUACUGUUGAUAUUGUAACUAUGUAAAAUUAUUUAACAAUUCCUUCUUUUUUUACUAUAAAAAAAAAAUCAAGUAAAAAAAUAUUAUGUAAAGUUAUUCAGAUAAAAGCUUUAGUAAUGAUUCUAAGAAAGGGCAUAUAAAAAAUACAGUAGUAAAAUAUUGAAUUGUAAUAUUUUGACAUUUUAAACCUAUUUGUGUAUCCAGUUUUUACUUCAGUAUUAUAUUUAUUUUGUGUUUUGUGAGUUGACUUCUCAACCCUAAUCCUUUGUUAUAGUAGAUAGCCAAAAUUGUGUUUUAUCAAGUGAUUCUCAUGCAGUCUCCAGACAAAAACACUUGAGAAACAGCACUGCAGUAGAUACACCAUUUCACACCUCCACCCUAGAAAAACACCACCACACCAAACAUUACCUCAGCAAACACCACCUCAACACCAAACUUGACAAACACCACCACAUAUCCCAGAGUUGUUUUUGUUUUAGCAGAAUAUAUAAAUUCCAUACGAGAUGCUGUGUGCAAAUAAUUACAAAAAAAUAUUCUACAUGCGUUCAUUCUAGUACUACUUUUUUGUUAGGUACACUCAUUCCUGAAUUUUUGUGUGCACAAUAAACUAUCUGCAGUGAUUAUCUUGAUUUAUUUAAGCAAUGGACUUAUAUAUUGUUUAUUACAACAGCUUAUUUGAUGUACAAUUAAUGCUUCUGUUGUAGGGAUCUAAUGAUAUGCUGUUGGUGAAAUGGGUUUUAAAGCUAUUCAUGACAGAAUUGACAGUGUACAUCUGUUAAGUACUAUGUUGUCAGAUUGAAAUAAAUACCAAUCUACUAAAGCAAAAUAAUAAGAUGACUAUCAAACACAAACUCGACUUCAUCUGCCUUAAGAUCUAGUCUGGAAGAUUUGAUCUGUUUAAAAAUAAACUACUUUUUUCCCUUCUACAAUCCUCAAUCGUGGUUUUUAUGUCCAGACAGUGGACAAUUAGUCGCUUUUUUGCUUUUAAAUAAAUGUCAAUCAUUUGUCUUAGCAGUGCAAGUUUAAAUAGUGAAGUACACAGCUGUAUUUUGAAACUGCAUUUUUAUAUGUACAUUUUAUUUUAUAUCAGUUUCCUUUUAUUAAACAAUUAAAAGUUAUUUAAAUUGAUAAAAAGCUAACAACUGUUGAAAACUAUUAGUGCUGUUUAAUCUAUACUCAUGUCCUUCACAAAUUACUUUGUUCGUGAAAGUAAAUGUAUCCAUACAUACCUACUGGCUCUGGCUUUAGUUAGAAAAUGUAUCUUUAUUGUUUUGUGAAUAAAAGUGCAUGUUUAUAUUUUUAGUUUGUAACUGAAGGGUCAUCUUGUUAAAUAAUAUCUGAAAUACAAAUUAUUAAAAUAUCUUUUCUGUAUUUGAGAAAGCUUGUUAAAUUAUUCAACGCAGUAUCAAGGCGAACAUGUUUAAAAUAAUUCAGUUGAUUUCUCCUAAUUUUAUUUAAUCGUCUACAAAUUGAAGACAGUAUCUGUGAUGGCACUGGUAAUGUUUGAACACAGCCAUGCUUAAUAUAUAUAAUUUAAAAAAUUUAAUUAGAAAGUUCAAAUGGAUGAGCUGCUGCCUUCAUAAAUAUACAUUUGUAAUAUAUAGCACCCCAGGUUUAAAUUACCUUAACAAAAGCCCUACAUAAUGUCUUUUUAGUAUACUUUUAACAGUUUGAUUUUAUGGCUGGUUAAAUCUUACUUAAUUCUCAGUGAAUUUAUCUGAAAAUUGUAACAUGCUGAAAAAAGAAAUUAAACAAUGCU